GGUCGUGUUUCUCGUCGGUGGAUGUUCGAAAGUCUGAUCAGAGCAAAAUUUUAAUAAUAGACAAUUUUAGAUUAUACAUCUUGUACUUUAAUGAACGUGUCUAGAACAAAUUUAGCAAAUUUGUUUAUUGCAACUGAUCAGUUCGCACUGUCAAUUGGCUUUUUACACUUUUUAUUGAUUGUCAGCUCCACCGACCAGUCUUGCAUUUUAUGAUGGACAGCAUGGACAGUGGAACUACCGAAGAAGUUCACCUCGAUACCAUGGAUACCAUCAACACCUUCGAUGAUGGACAACGAGAGGACGAUAAUAUAGAUAACAUCAUCGUGAAACUAGGAAGUGAUGUCGAUGCGGCUGCAAGUCUCGGCCGAUCGCACAUUAUUCCGAAUGUGCUCAUUUCCUGCCUCCUGGAAACACUUUGCUCCUUUUUAGAGAAAGACAGUGUGAGAGCAAAGAUGUUGAAUGAUGCUAUAAUCAAACUGUUGAAAGCAUCAAAACUGACUGAUGACUCUAUUACCUCCCAUGUAACCAAGGACUAUACACAAGAUUACAAACACCGUCUCAGAAAGCUUGUCGAUGCUGCGAUAAAGCAAAUUGAGAAUAAAACCAAUAAUUCAGACACAUCAAUUGCUUUGGUCAAGCAAAAGGUUAACCAAAUCUACGAACAGGAGGAUGAUUCCCCAAUUCAGUCUAGAUUGCUCAAUGAGUUCACAGACUUUGAAUUCUUGGGUUCUGGAGGAUUCGCUAAGGUUUAUGCAGUGAAAAAUGAACUCGAUGGCCAAAAAUAUGCUGUUAAGAAGAGCGUCUUCAAGAACCACAAUGUAGAUAAGAUGCUGCAGGAAGUGAAGGUGCUCGCCAAAUUGAACAACCCCAACAUUGUCAAGUAUUACUGCGCGUGGACAGAACCAAAAUCUGAUAUCGUGAUUGAUGAGCUGCAUGCGGCAGAAAAAAGAAAACGGGAGUGCAUAGAAGCGACCUCUAAUGAUGACACAUUGAAGGGAACGAUCGAAUCAGCGAAAGAAGGCACAGAGACAGAAAGCUCAACCACAGAGACCGAUGAGACUGAAACUGUGAAAAGAGAGACAGAAGAAGAGGACGCAAGCAUGGAAAUAGUUUUCAGCGAGGAAAUGAGAUGUUCUGGAGCAUCAUCUCCCGUUUCUCUGAUGAAUACGGACGAUGAAGAGGACACGUAUAAGGGUCCACACUGUAACGCCAGCAGAGAGGACAGCAGAUCUGAAUCUGUUAUUUUCGCGCCAGCGGAAAAGGAAACUGAAGAGGAGGGUGGUAAAACUGGCAGCAACAAUACUGCUGUUGUGCCCGCGAAAUCUCAAGCAAAUAAUGGCAAACACUUUUUCUUAUUCAUCCAAAUGGAACUUUGCAAAAUGACUCUAAGAAAGUGGAUAGACACUCGCCAUGUGGACAUCUACGACGGUUCUGCCGUUAGUCACCUUUUGUUCAGAGAAUCGCUCAACUUCUAUUCGCAAUUGAUUGGCGCCCUUGAAUACCUUCAUGAAAAGAAAAUUGUUCACCACGAUAUCAAGCCGAGCAACAUUUUCAUCAGUGACCAAGGCAUCAAACUGGCUGAUUUUGGUCUCGCGUGCCAGUACGAAUCGAGCAAGGUGAACAACCACACUUGCUUUGGCACUCAUUCAUAUGCAGCACCUGAGCAACUUUCAGGCGGCCUGUGCAAUUUCAAGAGCGAUAUAUACAGUUCUGGUAUUGUGCUUGCGGAGCUUCUGCUGCCUAAAAUUAGCACUCGUCAUGAAAGAAUGGAUAUCAUUUUAGCGUUGCGCGACAAAAACCGUGCUCCUGAACUCAUUGUGAAGCGCAAUCCGGAAUGGGGGCAAUUAAUUGAGUGGACCACAAAUUCGAAUCCAAAGAAUAGGCCAACGGCAAGACUACUCAACAGUAAGGUUACCAGUCUCAUCACCCAAUGGAAUCGGAAAACACCGACACCAAAUCACGAGAAAGAUCUGCCCAGGGUAAAUGUAGGAUCCCGAAGAGUACAAAGUGCCAAUCAACCUCAACCUCAGCAACUAUUUUCUUUCUGCUGCACCUUGCAAAUUGAUGAAAGUACAGGAGCUGAGGAGAUAUCAAGACUGAAGACUGAGAUUGAGAGACUGCAAAGAAGGAACAGUGAACUUGAGGAGCUGGUCCACAACAAUGAUGACAAGACACCGCCAUCCAACUGAUAUAAGUGUUUCCUCGACAAGCCAAGCGUCAGCAACUGUCUAGCCUUGUAGAAAAAAGUGCCAUCAGCUUAUGAGCAAUAGUAAAUUUACAGCGCAUCCA